AUCACAGAAUUUCUCAUUAAGCAUAACAUAACUCACUACACUACUGAAGACCAUAACCAUAACAUACUCGGCAUCAUAAACCGCUUCAUAAGGACUCUCAGAGAUUUAAACCAAGAGCGAGACUUUACCGAAGAAACAAUGAAACAUUUUCUCGAAGUAUA